AUGUCCUUCUCGCGACCCUCGCAACAGGCGAUACGCCUCGGUCGCCAGUCCGCCGCCCGGCUCAGCCGCCCGGCGCUGCGCGGCGUCGCAAACCUCAGCUCGCCGCACCAAGCGGCCGCCAUCUCUCGGAUCCAGAGCAACGUCGACACCUCGUCGGACGAGUACCGUGAGAAUCGGGCGCAGAUGGCCGACGUCAUGGCGCGGAUGCAGGACCUCGCCACCCGCAUCCAGCUCGGCGGGCCGGAGAAGGCGCGCGCGAAGCACCUCGCCCGCAAGAAGAUGCUGCCGCGCGACCGCGUCACCGCGCUCAUCGACCCUGGCACGACCUUUAUGGAGCUCUCGCCCAUGGCUGGCCACGAGCUGUACCCCGAGGCCGACGUCCCCGCCGGCGGCAUCAUCACCGGCGUCGGUGUCGUUGAGGGCGUGACCUGCGUCAUCGUCGCCAACGACAGCACCGUCAAGGGCGGCACGUACUACCCAAUCACGGUGAAGAAGCACCUUCGCGCCCAGGCCGUUGCUCAAGAGAACAAGCUCCCCUGCAUCUACCUCGUCGACAGCGGCGGUGCCAACCUGCCUCACCAAGCCGACGUUUUCCCCGACCGUGACCACUUUGGCCGCAUCUUCUACAACCAGGCGCGCAUGAGCGCCCAGGGCAUCCCGCAAAUCGCCGUCGUCAUGGGCCCUUGCACCGCCGGCGGCGCCUACGUCCCCGCCAUGAGCGACGAGAGCAUCAUCGUCCAGGAGCAGGGGCACAUCUUCCUCGCCGGGCCGCCCCUCGUCAAGGCCGCCACCGGCGAGGUCGUCAGCCACGAGGACCUCGGCGGCGGCAAGAUGCACUCCUCUGUCUCCGGCGUCACUGACUACCUCGCCGUCGACGACGCCCACGCCAUCGUCCUCGCCCGCCGCAGCGUCAGCAACCUCAACUGGCCGCAGCGUUCCGCCGCCACCAACCCACCGCCCGCGACCACCUUCUCCGAACCCCUCUACGACCCCGAGGAGCUUCUCGGUAUCGCCGCCACCAACCUCCGCAAGCCCAUGCCCAUCCGCGAAGUCAUUGCCCGCAUCGUCGACGGCUCCGAGUUCUCUGAGUUCAAGCGCGACUACGGCACCACGCUCGUCACCGGCUUCGCCGAGAUUUACGGCCAAAAGGUCGGCAUCGUCGCCAACGACGGCAUCCUCUUCGCCUCCUCCGCCGUCAAGGGCGCCCACUUCGUCGAGCUCUGCACGCAGCGCGGCAUUCCACUCGUCUUCCUCCAAAACAUCUCCGGCUUCAUGGUCGGCUCCGCCUCCGAGCGCGAGGGCAUCGCCAAGCACGGCGCCAAGCUCGUCACUGCCGUCGCCUGUGCAGACGUGCCCAAGUUCACCAUCGUCGUCGGCGGCAGCUACGGUGCCGGAAACUACGGCAUGUGCGGCCGCGCCUACAGCCCCAGAUUUCUCUGGAUGUGGCCCAAUGCCCGCAUCGGCGUCAUGGGCGGCGAGCAGCUGACUGCCGUCAUGGAGACGGUGGGACAGAAGGCAGACCCCGAACUUCGAGAAAGGAUCGAUCGCGAGAGCGAUGCCACCUUUUCAUCCGCUCGUCUCUGGGACGACGGCAUCAUCCCUCCCCAGCACACUAGACAUUACCUCGGACUCGGUCUCAAGGCUGCCAUGGGCGGUAGAAACGAGGUCAAGGCAGGAGAUACUAAAUUCGGUGUCUUUAGAAUGUAA